AUGGGAGCUGUAGACACGGAGACGGUCUGCCAGUGGACAGAAAAUCCACCUUUAAAGAAAUUGCGACUCGAUGUUACCUCAUUUUCGCAGAAUAUUUCCCCGAUACCCCCACCCAUCGACCGCCUUCCCACCGAACUUCUCCUUGCGAUUUUCUCCAAUCUUUUCCCUGCAAUUUGGAGACACGUAACUCCAAUCCGUCUGUCGCUCGUCUGCUCUCGAUGGCGCACCAUCGUGUUAUCCUCGCCUGAUUUCUGGUCGUCCAUCUUCAUCGGACGUUGGUGCGACAAUGAAAUCAUCGGCGCCUACCUUGCGCAUUCAGGUCACAGAGCGCUGGACAUUGCUAUGCACAUUCCCAGCAAAGAUAUGUUCAUGAACGAGUGCUUCCAAGAACCCAUUGAACUAUGUGUGGAACACGCUGCUCGGUGGCGUUCACUCGACGUUACCAUCCCCUUCUCUGGAUUUCUCUCAAUGACCCGGCAGGGAAGACUGGACCUCCCCCUCCUCGAAUCUCUCACCAUUGGCUCGUGCUGGAGCAUCAACGACAUGUCAGACCUAGACGAAGCAUCGCGUCUGAUCCGGCGCGCGCCCAAGUUACGCCGUGUCCGUUUCCGAGGCUCCGUGCACGAGAACUACUCCUCGCCUUCCGCUCUUCCGUGGAAACAGCUUACCAGCGUGAGCUACUCAAACUGCCACAGCCCCCUCAUAUCAGACCACCUCGCGUACCUCGAAAAUGUGGAGAGCAUGACCAUCAAGGCUCCGAUGUGCCACCACGCGCAACUGGGGGAUAAUGUCGUUUCGCCGCUCCGUGUCCUUUCCCUCCGAUCUAUAUACAACGCGCGGUUCGUCUCGGGGAUUUUGGACACCACCAAACUCUCUCUUCCUAACCUGACGGUGCUGAACAUCACGCACUGCACCAAGACGCUGCCGUCCGUUGUCUCGCCAUUCAUUCGGGGGCUAACCCGGCUGACGUUGGUCGAUAACACGACAUUUGAUGAUGCUGCAGUCAUUGCGCUGCUGGAGAGUACGCCCAACUUGGAAGAGUUUGUGCUGCGGGAGAGUAAAGGGCAUUCGAUAUCGUGCGUGACGACGAAACUCCUCGCGUUCAUGUCCAAGACGUCUAUGGUGCGGAAGCUGAAGUCUAUGGAGAUGGUGAUGAACCCUCCUGUCCCUGAAGACCUGCUGUUGGGGAUGGUACAUUGUCGGAUGACGUUGGAGGCGUUGGGAUCGGUCGAGAUUGGGCUUGUUAAAGGAUGUUUUGGGGAAGAGACUGUGAGAGCCCUCGGGGAACGUUUUUAUGGGUUUACGGUUGAGAGGAGGGUAUUGGAUCAAGUGUUUUUGCUUAAGCGAUGUUCUUUUUUGAAAUGA